UUCGGAAUAAAUAAGAUGAUCCAGCGUAUCUGGUAAAGUAGAUGCGUAUUAUAAUAGUGUAACUUCAGGAUCCCUCGAGAAUGAGCUACAUCAUAAUCAUACGUGCCUUCAGACCGGGCGACGAGACCGGCUGCAAUAAAUUAAUCAGAGACUGCGUGAUGUCAUCUCUAAAUGCUACGUUUUGCGGGAUGAUCUUUAAGGAGAUAACAUUUCAGUCAAUUAUUCUGGUGUCCGCAAUAAUGUUUAUUUUCUUCGAGAUGCCGUUGACUGUCUGCCUCUUGGUUGUACCUGUAGUCAUAGCAUUGAUAUAUGCUGGCACGUACGUUACUUUCAUCGCAAAGCUAACGGAGAUCGACAAAGAGGUGGUUAACAUUCCAAGGCUUUAUAUGUCAAAUGCCUUCUCCUGCUUCUGGGUUGCUGAGGCGUUCGAGCCUUACCUGAUGACACAACAGCCUAAAGAGAUUCAUUAUAUUGUGAUGAGAGAAGAACAAUAUAAUCGAGCCAACUUAAAUUUUUGCUUACAGGCCAAAAAAAUAAUAGGAACUAUUGGUUUAUGUAAAAGUGAUAGAUCAGAUAGAAGUGCGUGGAUAAAGAGGCUUUGGGUGCACGAGCAAUAUAGAAGAAAAGGUAUAGCAUCGUACCUACUCAACGAUGCUAUACAGUUUGCGACGAAUACAGGGUACAGCUGCGCUAAUAUAGUAGCUUCUGAAUACACAGAAGAGGGUAGAGAUUUGUGCCUUAGGAAGGGGUUUGAACUUAAACAACUAUAUCACAAGUAUAUCUUAGGAUCGUAUAUAAUGAUAUUAAUGUACGAAUUAACAUAUCAGAUCAAACCGACGGAGGAUGAUUACUCACCUAAAUUAGAUUUUGGAAAAGCAUUUUUAACUCAAUUCUAAUGAUAGAUUUUCAUAGUAUGCUAAUUGUGAGAUAAUGAAUCUCUUUUGAAACGAAUCUCUUGAACGAAUGAGACUGAUCAACUGUGUGUGCGCUACUGUGUUCCUAAUUAAACAAAGUACUC